AUGGCAAGUGCCAUAAUAAAACAGGCGAAGAUUCCUGAGAAAAUGCAAUUUAAUGGACUGCGCAGCCACGGUGAGUUCCAACAGCACAAUUACCGCACUUUGUUUCAGAAGGUGCCCUUUGAUACACCCAACCAGGAUGGAGCCCACUCCUGCGCGUCACGACUGAAUUACGGAAUAGCGGAGGCUUCCAUUGAUGGCGUGUUAACCAGUCCAACUCCGCUUCAACGACUGCUGAUAGGAUUGCUUCCAUGUUCAUACCCCAUUGCUUGGCAUUCAUUUCGACGCCUUGCCACAAAGCCUUAUGGGAUUGACACAGCUGAGGACACAAUGGCAAGUGCCAUAAUAAAACAGGCGAAGAUUCCUGAGAAAAUGCAAUUUAAUGGACUGCGCAGCCACGGUGAGUUCCAACAGCACAAUUACCGCACUUUGUUUCAGAAGGUGCCCUUUGAUACACCCAACCAGGAUGGAGCCCACUCCUGCGCGUCACGACUGAAUUACGGAAUAGCGGAGGCUUCCAUUGAUGGCGUGUGA